GUGUCAAAAUAAAUUGUAAAUAUGGCUUCGAAAAAGGCUACAAGAUCUGCGAAAUUAUCAAAAACAAAAGAUUAUAAUGCAUUAGCUUUGAGUGACGUUCUCUGUCCGAUAUGUAGAAGUAUUUUAAUUGAACCCGUCUCUCUUCCGUGCAAUCAUGAUUUCUGCAUGAUCUGUUUCAACGGCACUAUGGAAAAUGCAAAUCUGGUUUGCCCCCUUUGUCGUUUGCGAAUAGGUUCGUGGCUCAGAAAGGCUACGAAAGGUAAUGUUCUUAUAAACGGAGAACUUUGGAGGGCUGUUAAAGAACGAUUCCCACAACAUGUGAAGAAUAAAAUGGAUGGUGUCGAUGAAAACAUUGAAGAGGAAGAACGAGAAGUAAUAGUAUCGUACCCGGGCGAGAUUAGGAAAGAAUAUGAACUCCAAAAACAAAAGGAAGAUGAGGAACGGAACAAAAAAAGACAAGAAGAAUUAAAAGCUAGUGAAGAACUGAUAAAGAAAAUUAGGGAGGAAGAGGAGUACAAAAAAUCUGUGAUGGAAGAAAAAUUAAAAAUCGAUGAGAAUGUAGCAAAAGAAUUAUCAGAAGAGUUGGCUACAAAGCAUCCAUCUACCUCGAAAAUGAGAAUAGUUUACAAGAAACAAGCUACCAUGGAUAAAUUCGUUAAAAAAAACAAUGAAUCAACGACAACAAUAAAUGCUAAUAGUUUUGUAAAUAAGGAAUAUACAUGUCGUGUGCUAUGCCUGGAAACUGGAAAAAGUUCAAAAGAAUCUUCCCCAAAAAUUCAGAAAAAAAUCCAACAGUUACAGAAAAUUGUUGAUUUAGAAGCUGCCAGUGAUGGAAGUGACUGCAUUGAGUCCGAAAUGAGGUAUUUUAAACCUAUUGAUUAUAGGUUGAAUCCACCCUCACAAAAAAAGGCUCCUCUGAAAGUGACACCAAAGAAACUUCAUAGAGAUGCAGGUGCCAAAGUUUUGUCACCGAGCGGAUUGGUCAAUUUCUGUUCGAACAUUUUAGAAUCGGCUUUCGCCAAAUUUUCCAUAGACAUUCCUACCACGUUGGGCGGCAAUACAUCCACACUAGUAUCGUCACCGCGAUCUAGCAGUUUCAAACGUACAUUAUCUCCAAACCAAUUCGCAACACCAGAUAAGAAACUUAAAACAGAUACAAAUGCAUUAUCUACAGGAAAAGGUGCAUCUCCUACAAUAGGAUACUAUAAGAUGUGCCCGGAAGUCAGAAAGAAACUGUUCGGAACGGCCGUCGAAACUGCAGAGAAAGUAGCGGAAAGUCCGCCGUUUUACGGCUUCGAUAGGACAAAAAAGGCGAACGGAAAUUUGGUUAAAAAUGAUAGAAAAAACGGUCGGUUCGUAGAAAACCUUUCGAAAGUUACCGAGACGAACUCGAAGAUGGACCAAGAACGAGCCGAUUUAGAGUUCGCUAAAAGGCUGCAGGAGGAAAUCAACAAAGGCCACUACACCAGGAGCACCAGGAACUUGAGGAUAACCAAGAAGCAAAAGACCCUUGACGAGAUGAUCAAAAGUCCUUAUAGAGUCAAGUAAAUCGUUGAAGACUUUAAAAUGCGAAGAAACAUAGAAGAAACUUUUUUUCAAACGGUAAAUUAAAAUAUAUUUUUAUACGGAAGGGAAGGGAGCGUAUGUGAGUUUUUGGACACAUGGUGUCUUAUUUUUCGUUUCUCUUUAUUCAUUUUAUUUUCACCCAUAGAUAAAAAAAGUCUGGGGCUGAUAAGUCCGGAGAUUUUGUAGGUUCAUUUAAAUGGUCCCCUAUUGCCAAUCUAGUUGUUAGAAAAUGCGGUGUAUAAGAUCUGUGUUAUGAUGCUAAUAUUUUGUGGGAUGUGCCAUUUUGUAGACAUAUCAUUUCUCUUUGUUGCGAGGGAAGUCUAGUAAUUGGGAUAACUCAUUCUGGAGGACAUCUAAGUUUCUCCGACUUAAAUUACCCACACCUAACAUUAAUUACUAAAUAAUUAAGAUUAGGAUCUCCCUGUUAAGAAAUUGAACUUUGGCAAAAGUGUCAAUUCAUGUCCACAUUUUACGUUAAAUCUGAAGAUCUGUCAACACAUUGAUAUAUUUUACUGACAGCUGAUGGAUUUUCAGUAGCUAAUCUGGACAGUCUAUGCUAUUCGCACCAUCUACAUGAAAAAAAGCCGAUUGGCAGAAUAAACAUUAGUGAUGAUGUAAUUUUGUGUGUCAAACAAAGUUCUUUAUUAUCUAGUUUUUGAACUAUUAUUUACUUUGACAUUUUAGAUCUUAAAAUAUAUUCUUAAAUUAAGUAGAUAACAGUUUAGUUAAAUAAUUAUUUAGUAAUCAGUUCUGUAAAAUAAUAGAUAAAAAUAGAGGUUAAGAAUUCAUUAACAUUUUAUUUCUAUUCUUUUCAUAUUGUAUUCGUUUAAAAGUAUACCACUGUAAUAGUUACAUUAAAAAUAAUUUGGUUACAUAUAAUAUUAAAAAAAGGUAUAUAUGUCAAAGUUAAUGGCCAGUUUUUGUUAUUUUGUUUGGCCCACAAAUUACGUCACUCUAGUUGACGCGCCGAAGAGAUGCAGCAAUAAAACUGAUUAAUAUGUGUUAAGAGCUGGGUUCAUUUAACCAGGUUAUAUGUCAGGAGCAGGUUUUGAUAGAUUAUUAUGGAGGAUAAACCUUGCAUAUUUGUCGGUCAACGUUUGCACAAAAAACAGUCCGCUUUGAACUGAUAAACUCAAGCACUCGCCUAAUCGUUGGCUCCUCCUCUAUAAUUGUUGACGAUCUUCAGACUUAUUUUAGGUUGAAUGUGUACAUCAAGCGCACGUGAUCACUGUAUCUCUUCGGCGCGUCGACUAUAAUACAGCGUAUUGUCAUCAUCCUCAUCCCAAUCUCAUCAUUUUUAUUUUGCCCAGAAGGGUUUUCAUUUCUUUCUGACAUAUCAGUAAAAUUUGGAUAUUUGAAAGUAAACAACUCGAUUGAAUAACAUCAAGUUUAUUGUUAAGGCCGAUUUAUUUUACCUAACCUAACCUAAUUUCAAUUAAAAUGUGGAAAGAAUCAAAAAAGUUUUGAAUAUUUGUUUGUCGUAAAUAAGAAAUGAGUAGUCUUUUGAGUACAAAUAUGCAGUGAUCCACAAAAAAAAUUGUCUCUAAGGCCGUUAAAUCACAUAAGUCAGAGUACAAUUCUUUUUUUUAUGACAGUUUGGAUUUAAUCCACAUUUGUCAAUCAUGGCCUACUUUACACAUUUUUUGUGGAUCAGUAAUAAUAUAGUCCAGUUGAGGUUAAAUUACAUGUUAAGGGAGUUCUACAGAAAACAGAAAUGUGUUAAUUCGAUAAAAUUUGAUGUUGAUAUUAUCUUGAUUUUUCGAGUAAGAAUACUCCUAUUGAAAGAGGUUUUUGAAAAAAAUGUCAAAUGUGGAUUUUUUAUUUUUAGUUACCUGAUAGGUACUUUAUUUUUAUUUCAUAUAAGAAAUACAUUUAUUUUUUUUAUCAAAAUCCAUGU